AUGCAUCUCACGGAAGCUCCACAGCUUCGUCCAGCACCGCGACAAGCACAAUCGCCAUCAACUACUAAUCGUGACAGCAAUGACAGCAACAACCGACAUGCGCAUACGAACCGCACGAAAAAUGAGAGUGAUGCUCGUACAGUUACGAGCAGUCAAACUGACCGGCCGCCUCGACAACAUCAAGCAGCACAAGUACAGUACCUCCCCCCUAUCCGCACCCAACUGCCACACCACUCCCUGCGAAUGGUAAAAGCUGGACUCGAAUUCUUUGCUGGAACGGUAGAUGCCUCAUCCGUCAGUGCGAUGGCCGACAGCGCGGACUGGUGUCUUUCUCCUCUCGCCAUGCCGCAUCAGCCCACGAGUAUCACUUCUCUCUGUCAGAGCGCAUCGCCCAUUCCCUCUGGGUUUGGUACCAACUACCCUCGAUGGGUAGUACCACUUGGAAAACGAGGAAUGGGAAUCAAUUCAUCCAAGGGUAGGGAUAAGGGGAUGGUGUGGGUGCAAGUAGCACAGGUAAUCGUUCAGCAGAUGACGGGCCUGGUGGAGUAG